UCACUUCCAAGAAAAGUCUUCUUUCAUUCUUUGAUUUGUUCAACAUUUCAUACCUCUUUUCAUUUCAUCUAAAUAGGAUUCAAUUCAAGAUUUUGUUGUUGUUUUCAGAAUUCAAUCAUUAGAAUAUGGCAGUUUCCCCUGAAUCUUUCCAGCCAAGAAAACGUCGGCCGUCGGCGGACUGUUUCGUGGCUCCGAACCUCUCUGAUCGCAAUCUCCUUAAAUCCCUUCUUCUCUUAUCAUCGGAAAUCUCUACUCUACAACCUCUCUUAUUUAUCCUCAAGAGAAAUACAUAUUCCAUCAUCAGGAAAUCCAAGCUUUUAUCAAUAUUAUUCGAGGAACUACUCGGCAGAGAUUUUAAAUGUUCAGAUGAUCCCACUACAUCACAACAACCUAUAACUGGCUUUCCUCCUUCCGCAGUUUUAUGCUUCGACGAACUGUACAUAGUUUUACAGCGAAUGAAGACUUUGCUUGAAGAUUGCCGUAAUUGUAGUAAGAUGUGGCUACUUAUGCAGAUUGAUGUGUUCUCCAAUAUUUUCCAUGAAUUAACUCUUGAAUUGUCCACUCUAUUGGAUAUUCUUCCUUCUAAAAAGCUCAAGUUAAACGACGAUGUUCAGGAAUUGCUGAUUCUCAUCACGAAGCAGAGCUCGGACAAAUUAGCUUAUGUCGAUCCCAAGGAUCGAGAUUUACGAUCUCAAGUUGUCGAAAUGCUCGAUAGAAUUGAAAGAGAAAUCGUCCCUGAUCAGUGUAAAUUAGCCGAAAUUUUUGAUAAAUUAACUUUGCGUGAUUGUACAAGCUGCAGGGAUGAAAUUGAGUUAUUGGAAGAGGAAAUUCAAAGUCAAACAGAUGAGAAAGCAAAAUCAGAUAUCAUCGCGUUGAUCGGCUUUGUUCGAUAUGCUAAAUGUGUGUUGUACGGCGGUUCAACCCCGAGAACAAAUUCCCGGCGGAGACGGGCGGCGGCAGCGGCGGCGGAUGUCAAUGUUCCGGCUGAUUUCAGAUGUCCUAUUUCUCUCGACUUGAUGAGAGAUCCUGUGGUGGUUUCCACGGGACAAACAUACGACCGCAGUUCAAUAACCCUUUGGUUCGAAUCGGGUCAUACCACGUGUCCCAAAACGGGUCAAACUCUGACCCACACGAACCUCAUACCAAAUUCAGCGUUGAAGAAUUUGAUAGCUAUGUGGUGCAGAGAGCAGAAAAUACCCUUUGAGUCAACGGAGUUGAGCGUUAAAUCUAACGGUGUUGUUACCAACAAAACGGCAUUGGAAGCCACGAGAAUGACGGUGUCGUUUUUGGUUAACAAGUUGAAGGCUUCCCAAGUUGUAGAAUCAGCCAACCGACUUGUUCAUGAGCUUAGAGUCUUAGCCAAGACGGACUCGGAUAGCCGAGCCUGCAUUGCUGAAGCUGCAGCUUUGCCGUUAAUGGUUAAGCUCUUAGGUUCUGAGCAUCCUAGUCUACAAGUUAACGCAGUUACAACUAUUCUCAAUCUAUCUAUUCUUGAGGCAAACAAAACAAGGAUAAUGGAAACGGACGGAGUUUUAAACGGAGUUAUUGAAGUGUUACGGUCUGGUGCCACAUGGGAGGCAAAGGGGAAUGCGGCAGCAACCAUUUUUAGCUUGUCGGGUGUACCUGCUUACAAGAAGAGGUUAGCUCGGAAGACACGUGUCGUGAAUGGAUUGAUGGAUUUGGCACGUGAGGGGCCAAUGAAUUCGAAGAGGGAUGCCUUGGUAGCUAUUUUGAAUUUGGCGGGAGAUAGGGAGGCAGUUGGAAAGUUGAUUGAAGGUGGGGUGGUGGAAAUGGUAGCGGAGAUUAUGGAUGGACUACCUGAAGAGGCGGUGACAAUUCUCGAAGUGGUGGUGAAGAAGGGUGGAUUUGUGGCCGUUGCAGCCGCAUAUCCAUUGAUAAAAAAGCUUGCGAUAGUAUUAAGGGAUGGAACAGAUAGAGCUAGAGAGAGCGCUGCAGCAACGCUAGUGAACAUGUGUCGCAAAGGGGGAUCGGAGAUGGUGGCGGAAUUGGCAGCAGUUCAAGGGAUUGAGAGGGUGAUUUGGGAAAUAAUGGGAAUGGGAACAGGGAGGGCAAGAAGAAAAGCAGCAACAUUGUUGAGGGUUCUAAGGAGAUGGGCUGCUGGAUUGGAUGCAGAAGUGGCAUCAGGGGCUUAUUCAGAUGUGAAUACAAAUACUUCCAGAAUAGUAUUGCCAGGUUAAUUUUUUCUUUGUUCAGAAUAUGGAAAAAGUUGGUUCUUUUGUUUAUUUGCUUACACAAACAAACUGUAACAUUUGAGUCCACGUCCUUUGUGAAUUGUACAAUUGUUUAUACCUUUUCCAAGUUGAAGAAAAUA